AUGGAGGUGUGCAAAGGAUUACGAUUUUGGGGAAAGAUCUUUGGUCUGAAAAAUAGCUAUUUUAUUCUUGAGGCGGAUAACAAAUCGACCACGGAAACUGAGAUUGGUCAAGUCGACAAGCAUCAUUCUAAAGUAGUACAGAAGACAAACGAGAGCGAAGAUACACUCGAAGCGCUUGAUCUGGACCCUCCACCGAAACCCGACUGGAAACCCCCCAUUGACAUACUUCAUGAGGAACCCGGAAAGGGUGUGAAUAAGAAGAUGUAUUAUGUCUGUACGGUUUUGGGAGAACCAUGGACCAAACUCCCUGAUGUGACACCAAAACAGAUUGCAGUCAGUCGUCAGCUGCAGCAUCUAUGCACGGGCGAUUUGGAAGCCGAACUGCAAACGUAUCCACCGUUCCCCGGGGUUGAGAAAAACUAUCUUCGAGCACAAAUUGCGAGAAUUACAGCAAACACAACAAUUUCACCGAUAAAUUUCUACCAGUUUGACGAGGAAGAGGAAGAGGGUGGCAUGGAAGAGGAUGCAUCUCGUGAAACGUUUGUUGUAAAUCCGGACUACGAACCGGUUUCGAUAUUUGAACUUUCGGAUCCCAGUCUGGCCAACUGGGUGCAUCAUGCCUCGUAUAUUCUUCCGCAAGGACGAACGGUGUGGUGGAAUCCAAAUCAAAAAUCCAGUGGCGGUAGUGGGGAUGAAGAUGAUAAAACGGAUGAAGAGGACGAGGAAUUGGAAGAGGUGGAUGAACCGGAACCGGAAACUGGACCGCCACUGCUCACACCGCUAUCUGAAGAUGCUGAGGUGAACGGACUACCGCCGUGGUCUACCCGUAUCACAUCUCGUCUGAUACCGCAUUAUGCCUAUGCAGUCCUAUCCUCAAACCUAUGGCCCGGUGCUCAUGCUGUUGCUUCAGGCCGGUAA